CGCGUGUGGAGGCGGCGUCACUGCGGACCACGGCUUGCUGCCACAUCCACAAAUGAGUGUUGAGCGCCAUCAGCACGUCAGGCGGGGCGCUCACACGGAGCACGCGUGAUUUAAUCCUCACGGGCAGCCCUCGCCGCCAUGGGGAAGCGGUACUUCUGUGACUACUGCGACCGCUCCUUCCAGGACAACCUGCACAACCGCAAGAAGCACCUCAACGGCCUGCAGCACCUCAAGGCCAAGAAGGCCUGGUACGACAUGUUCCGAGACGCGGCUGCCGUCUUGCUGGACGAACAGAACAAGCGGCCCUGCAGGAAGUUUCUGCUGACAGGCCAGUGCGACUUUGGCCCCAACUGCAGAUUUUCCCACAUGUCCGAGCGGGACCUGCAGGAGCUGAGCAUCCAGGUGGAGGAGGAGCGGCGGGCCAGGGAGUGGCCCCUGGACAUGACGGACCUCCCCGAGGGCCACCUGGAGGACUGGCUGGAGAGGAGAGCCAAGCGGCUGAGCUUGGCCCCGAGCAGCAGGGCGGAGCCCAUCAGAGCCACCGUCUUCCAGUACCCCGUCGGCUGGCCCCCGGUGCAGGAUCUGCCUCCGUCCCUGCGGGCACCCCCGCCCGGCGGGCGGCCCCUGCAGCCCCGCGUCCAGUGGGGCUAGUGCCUCGGGCCCCCCGGCCCCUGCGGGUGAGCCCCCACGGCAGACACAGU